AAAGAGGACUGCAUAGGGGUCGAUGUUAUUAUUUUGAUCUAACUAAAAAUGAAAAUAGAAAUAAAUAUUUAGAUAUUUAAAUAAAAGUAAAAGUGAAACACAUCCGACAUCAGAAUAGGACUAGUUGAUGAGAGUUACAUCGGAAACAAGACAGAGUAAGGAAAGUACAAUUCAUUUUGGGUAUUCUUUCAAUUCAAAUUAAAUGCAAUCAGAUCUAGUAUGAAUUGGCGAUCAGAACGUAUAUGGGUAGAACUUAUAACGGGAUCUCGAAAAAUAAGUAAUUUCUGCUGGGCCUUUAUCCUUUUUUUAGGUUCAUUAGGAUUCUUAUUGGUUGGAAUUUCCAGCUAUCUUGGUAGAAAUUUGAUAUCUUUAUUUCCCUCCCAGCAAAUUCUUUUUUUUCCACAAGGAAUCGUGAUGUCUUUCUAUGGGAGCGGCCUCUUUAUUAGCUCCUAUUUAUGGUGUGCAAUUUCGUGGAAUGUAGGUAGUGGUUAUGAUCGAUUCGAUAGAAAAGAAGGAAUAGUCUGUAUUUUUCGUUGGGGAUUCCCUGGAAAAAACCGUCGCAUCUUCUUCCGAUUUCUUAUAAACGAUAUUCAGUCUAUUAGAAUAGAACUUAAAGAGGGUAUUUAUACUCGUCGUGUCCUUUAUUUGGAAACCAGAGGCCAGGGAGCCAUUCCUUUGACUCGUACUGAUGAGAAUUUGACUCCACGAGAAAUUGAACAAAAAGCUGCUGAAUUGGCCUAUUUCUUGCGUGUACCAAUUGAAGUAUUUUGAAAAAUAAAGUGACUCUGCCGUGUAUUCAUCGAAAGGAAGGAAUUUAUUUGCUUCGACUUGGAUCAAUUGCAAUAUCCGGAAACACUCUUUUUUUUAUCAUUUCUUCAUUCAAAUUCAAAGUGGACUUUUUGUCUAUUUCUGUAUUCUUUCAAGAUUCAAGGACUAAUUAUUAAA